AUGGCACCAUUCAAUAAUUAUUGUAUUAUCUGUGAUAAACAAAUCAUACCAAACUCAAAUUAUGAAUUUAAUAAGCUGUAUUGUUCAGAAUCAUGCCAAUCCAUAGACAGAUCAUUCCUAAAGUCUAAUGUAAAGAAUGGUAGCAGAAGAAAAAUAUCUAGUGUAACAAGUGUAAAUGAUAUUAUUAUCACUACGCCUUUAUUAUUACCAAUCUGGCAAGAACAAAAUUUGUCCCACGAUACUAUUUCAACAAGCCAACCAGAUCAAUCUUGCUUAAUUGCAACAAAUAAUCGUAACAAUAAUGUAUUUUAUAAUAAUGACUUCAUGAUACCCAAUACUAAUGACUGCAUAGCAGAAAAUAAUUACAAAAUAUGGUUGAACAAUAUUUAA